AUGUGUACGUGCGUGUGAGUGUGUGCACAAUUCAAUUAAGUUUUAUUUUGCAUAUGAUAAAGUAAUUGUUAUAUCAACAAUACAAUAAAUUAAAACAAAUACAACAUUAAUAUUUCCAGUUAUUGAUUAAUCGCAGAUUCAAAAAAACAAACAUAUUUCACGCGAAUCCAAUGUCGUUCCAUAGAAGAUCAUUUGCAUAGCGAAUUGGAGAACUGAGUGCACCAGAGGAGUUCCAAUAUUAUCAUCAACAAUAGAAAUUUAGAACUAUCGUAAGAACCAACCAAAUAGCAAACUGCAAAUGGCCACAAACUGCGACUACAUUGAGGAUAAUGUGAAACAGCAGCAGAUCACAAAGACAGGAGCAGCAGUAGCUGGCACAACAACAACAAGCAGAACGAGCGACGACUCCAAUGCAUCAUCAUCAUCGAUGAGCGAGCACCAAGAGAAGCAGGAUGACAGGAGGGAGAAGGAAAAGGAAAUGGGACGGGAACGGCAACAAAUGCAGAUGCUGUGCCAUGACAAUCAAAUGGAUAGCUUUGAGUGCGCCUUUGAGUCCACCAUGGAUGACCUGGAGCAGGCGGUGGCCGAUGGCUAUGAGUCGGAUUCGGAGGCCAGUGCCAAUGGUCAGGCCACCGGCGAAUCUUCGGCCUCGAGUCUGAGCCAGCUGGCCGGAAUUGGCGGCUUGCAGUACAGCCAACAGUUGACACCGCAAUUGGAACUGCAACUGCAAUCGCUGCCGCGUGCCAACUCCUUUGACUUCCAGAGCAGCAGCGGCAGCAGCAGCGAUGAUGAGAACGAUGAUGAUGCCAACGACGAUGUCGAGGAUAUGGGCGUGGUGGGCGCACUCAAUUUGAGCGCCAAGUUUACCAAAGCCAGCGAUGCACGUUACGAUCUCUAUCAUCAACGUCCGAUGUAUCUGAUGCCGCCGUUUAUCGAGCGACGCCGCCUGUCCCAGUGCAAGGAGGAGGACGAUGAGGACGAUGGCGACAAGUCGCCACCCGUGAGCGGUAAUGCCGGUGAGGCGCCACGAUUCGAGCGAGUGUCAAAGGCACCGCCGCGUCCGCCGACGCCGCAGGAUGCGGCCUCCAAGGAGAAAUUCAAGGAUCUGGAGCGUUUGCGUCAACAGUUUAUGCACAAAAUCGAUCGCAUUAAUACCCGUAACAUUGAGGAGCAGUACACAUCGUUGCCACCACCGCCGCCGCCACCACCGCCUCCCAUACCGGCCACCAUAUUGCCCAAGGCGCUGAAGGAGCUGCUGCAGUCGAGUGAACCUGCAUCUCCAGCAGCUGCGCCCAAGCAACCAGCUCCAGUAGCAGUUCCGGUGCAACAGAAGCAGCCGCAGUCGCAGCCGUCAACAGCAGCAGCGGGAGCAGUAUCAGCGAUUCCGCCGUUUCAGCUGCCUCAAGCCGCAGAAGCGCCGAUCAUAAUCAAGGGCAAGUUUACGGUGUCCCGUGCCCAGGAGACGCCCGAGCUGCGCAUGGAGGCCCAACAGCUGCGGCAACUGAGGCAACUAAGGCCAAGCGACAAUGCACAAACAAUCAGUUUCCCCUCCAGCUUUGGCGGCUACUCCUCAGUGCAGGGCUUGUUCUCGCAGCGAUAUGGCAGCAAUCGCUUCCCCGCUGCAGCACCACAUCUCUCCAAGCAGUUCUUUGACUCAUCCUUGGUCGAGAUACGUGCGCCAUCCCAAAGCAAUGUCUCCCUCAAUGGCGGCAACAGCCAGCAAAGCCAAAGUCUCAAUUGUGAUACCAACAGCAGCAGUUUGGCCAACAAGCCGCGCACGCCCAGUGAACGUGAGCUGGACGAGAUUUGGAUACGUCGUGCUCCAGCAUUGCCCAGCCAUUUGGAUGGCCACGAUGCUGCAUCACCGACUCCUCCACACGUGCGACCCGUCUCCUUAGGCGGCGUCUCCACAAUGCCACGCCUGCUCCAGCGCAAUGAGAGCAGCCAUUCGGCAACGAGUCCGUCAAGGCAAUUGACUGCCUCUGGUUCCGUUUCCGUCUCCGUGUCUGAAGAUGAACAAGAUGGACUACCACGUGUGCCCGGCUCCCGACCGUCAAGUGCGCCGGCGGAGCCCAAUGCCAAGGCGGCCAAGAAAGCCUUCAAGAAGAUGGAAAAGGAGCAGCGGCGGCAGGAGAAGGAGCAGACGCGUCGCGAGAAGGAGGCACGCAAAAUGGAAAGGGAAACGGCGCGUCGCAUUGAACGCGAGGCGGCGAAGCUGGAGAAGCUUAAUCGGCACAGCGAGAAGAUCUCACGUAGCACAGAGCGGAUGGUGGGCAGUGGUGGAUCGCGUUCCGGAUCGCUGGAGCGACGACGCAGCGGCGAGGAUUCACCGGUGCUCAAUCAGUCGACGGUUCAUGGUAUUGCCUCACCAAAUCGACGACCCACAAUCUUUGAUGUGUUUAGACCGCGCGCCAAAUCGGAUGCCAAGCGGUAUAAGGAUAAGCAUCUGUUGGAUCCAUCGUCAGCGGAUAGUAGCGCCACUAGCAGCACAUAUUCCGUAUCCGGCGGAGUGCCCGCAGCAGCAACAACAACAACAGCGGGAGCAACAACAGCAACGACAACAACAGCAACAACAACAGCUGGCAGUGCAGCAACUGGUGGCAUCAUGAAUUCCAUGAAAGUGGCCAUGCAACACUUUGGCCAUCGUCAGCAUCCCGCCGUAACGAUAACCAAUGCCGAUGGCACCGUCUCUGCCAAGAGCAAGUACAAAGAUGGCAGCGCUCAUUUGCAUCAGGGCAGCGAUGCGCAGUAUUACCACACGGUGACUGCAGUGCGACCGCAUGCAAAUGCCAAUCAGCGAUCGCCGAUGACCAAAGUUAUGGAUCUGUUUCGUCAUCGUUCCAAUUCGGCGGUCAGCGAAGCGGACAAACGCAAAGCGCUUGUUGCAGCGCGUCAGCAACAGUUGGCAGUGCAAAGUGCACAUAUGCGUCGUGCCUCAGCGGAUUUGGAGAAACGACGCGCUUCCGUUGGUGCUAUUGGUCGAAGCCAUCGCGGGGAUGGCACCCUUGAUCCACAUCAUGCAGCUAUUCUAUUCAGAGACUCCAGAGGGUUACCUGUUGCCGAUCCUUUUCUUGAGAAAGUCAAUCUGUCUGAUUUCGAGGAGGACGACUCACAGAUCUUUGUGAAGUUCUUUCGUUUUCACAAGUGCUAUGAUCUGAUACCCACCUCCGCCAAACUGGUCGUAUUUGACACCCAACUGCUGGUGAAGAAAGCCUUCUAUGCAUUGGUCUAUAACGGUGUUCGUGCUGCGCCACUUUGGGACUCGGAGAAGCAACAGUUCGUGGGAAUGUUAACUAUCACGGACUUUAUCAAGAUCUUGCAAAUGUAUUAUAAGUCACCCAAUGCGUCCAUGGAACAGCUGGAGGAGCACAAACUGGACACAUGGCGCAGCGUGCUUCAUAACCAAGUGAUGCCAUUGGUCAGCAUCGGUCCAGACGCUUCCCUCUACGAUGCCAUCAAAAUUCUCAUACACAGCCGCAUCCAUCGAUUGCCGGUGAUCGAUCCAGCGACUGGCAAUGUCCUGUACAUAUUGACACAUAAACGCAUACUGAGGUUCCUGUUUUUAUAUAUUAAUGAAUUACCAAAGCCCGCAUAUAUGCAAAAGAGUUUGCGCGAUCUGAAGAUCGGCACCUACAAUAACAUUGAGACAGCCGACGAGACCACAAGCAUUAUCACAGCGCUCAAAAAGUUUGUGGAGCGUCGCGUCUCGGCGCUGCCCCUCGUGGAUGGAGAGGGGCGACUCGUUGACAUUUAUGCCAAGUUUGAUGUGAUUAAUCUCGCCGCUGAGAAGACCUACAACGAUCUCGAUGUCUCGCUGCGCAAGGCGAACGAGCAUCGCAACGAGUGGUUCGAGGGUGUGCAAAAGUGCAACUUGGACGAAUCGUUGUACACAAUUAUGGAACGGAUUGUGCGCGCGGAGGUGCAUCGUCUGGUUGUCAUCGAUGAGCAUCGAAAGGUCAUUGGCAUCAUUUCGCUAUCGGAUAUAUUGCUUUACCUGGUGCUGCGGCCAAGUGGUGAAGGCGUCGGCGGCUCAGAGAGUUCGCUGCGUGCCUCUGACCCCGUGCUGUUGCGCAAAGUGGCUGAGAUGGAGGCUGAAGCGCCGCCACGCAGCCCCUCGGCUGCCAGCUCUGGCAAUCGUAGCCUUAUCGAGGACAUACCCGAGGAAGAGACAACAGUCACGGGAGCGCCAGCGCCAGCGCCGCCAUCGUCAAAAGUUGAUGCUGAUAGUGAUAAUAAUAAAUCCGCCAGUGAAGACAAAGCCAAUAAUAAUCAGCAUGAGCUGACUACGCCCAAUGGUGAUAGCAAUAACAGUCCAACCGAAGUGUCCUUUGCCGAUGAGGCCCAAGAGAAUGCCGGCGAUCAGGUCGCGCGUAGUAAUUGUAAUGACGAUGACGACGAUGAGGAUGAUGCUGAUCAAGAUCAAGAUCAAGAUCACGAUCAGGAUGAUGAAUUGGAGCGCAAAAAGGCAGCCGCUGUCGCAGUUACAAAGACGGCGCGAACGGAAGAGGAAGACGAUGGCCUAAGCAGCGCCGUUUCAGCUGCCUCGGCACUCGGCCAGACGAUGGCCACGCCCACGGCGCGAGAGAUGGCGCUGGUUAGUGAAUAAUUAUUUAAAUUAAAUAAACAAGAAACAAACCCAAAUACAAAAUUAAUAAAAACAAAAA